AUGGAGUUAUUUACUAAAGACGACUUCAAUCAAAUAGGUGGGAUACAGAAGAAAAGAAGGCGACCCAUUAAACUGUGUUCGCGUUGUAGAGAGAGGAAGAGUAAAUGCGAUAUGAAAAAGCCGAUUUGUACAAGUUGCCUAGUAAAAGGACUUGAGUCUUGUAAAUAUGAAGAGUCAUCAUCAUACUCUGUGAAAAUAGAUAGUAAUGAAGUUGACCUUCUUAAGAAAGAAAAUGAACGUUUAUUACUGACAAUCAAACAAUUGAGGGGCCAAAUAAACACAGUCUAUCCAAGCCCAAUACCGGACAGCAGCAAUGAGAUUGAGGCAGAUAAAUACCGAAUAGUUUUCUCCAAGCCCAACCGGACAAUGUUUUGUGGCCCUACUUCAUUUAGAAUUGUCUUUCAAAAUCAGUUAGUUUGGAAUUACUAUAUGUCGAUCAAAAACUCCCUCAAAUCCCAGAGAAAUGAUUGGAAACUUAAGAAUAGACCGAAACCCGUAAUUUUUGAUAACCUUUAUUCUACAUCAAAUGGACUUUUAGCUGAUCUUCAAAGAUUUCUCCCUCAAUAUUCGGUUCUACUAGAAUAUUUAUUGCAAUUUUUUGAUGGAUUUUGGUACAAAUAUUUACCUAUAGUUGAUCGGGAUGAUAUUUUGCAAAUAUUUAAAGUGCAAUUCAAACAAUCAGACAAUGAUCUGAAUAUAGAAAUACUAUCGCCGCAAAACUCAGUUGAGUUUGCAAAUAUUGCGGUAAUAAUAACUAUCUUGAAAUACUCAGUAAAUUCAGAAGCUUGCCUGCCUGGUAUGGUGUCUAAUAAAUUUAAGGAUGAACAUGAUAUUCUACUAAAAUUUGCGACAAAGCUAUUAGCUAAGGCAGACUAUUUGGAAAAGGCUUCAUUACCAUCGCUACAAGCCGUAUUCAUGCUACGUAUUUUUAAAAAGUUUAACUUCAAAGAUGGAGAUGGAGGUGACGGCAGUAAUGGGAAUAUACUUUUUGCGAUUUGUUUAGAAAUGGGAUUUACAUUAGGCUUGAACCAAAAUGUUGAUACCCUUUAUAAUCGAGAAUCAGCGAAGUACAGGACUGUUUUGAAGAAUCUUUGGAAAUAUUUGCUAUACUUUGAUACCAUCAAUUCAUUUGACCUUGGUGUACCACUACAUAUUUCUGAUAAUAAUGUGAGGAAGGAUUUAUUAGAUCUUGAUGAUAUAUUUAUCAAAACCAUACUCAAGAAGAGAGAAAUAAUGGAUGUAUUCUUAUCCCCAAAAAUGAGUCAUGAUGGUAUUGGAAAUGUAAUAAAUGAAAUUAGAAACUUCAUAAACCAAAAUUUUAAAACCGUAUUUGAGUUGAUUAAGGACUUCGAAAAUUCAUCUAAUUUAGAAGAUUCUUAUAAAAUUAUACAUCAAUUCGUUCUAUCAAUCUCCUUGAUUGGAAUGAUACAGCACGGAUGCUUACUAUUAUAUAAUGAAUUGAGAGAUAGUAGUAGUAAGUUGGGAACUCGAUCUCACAAUUUGGCAAUGAAGUAUACUAUUUUAAUGAUAAUAUCAACUGUUGAACUUACGAAGAGAAUAUAUCUAUCAAGUAUGGAGUUGCUUUCAAUUCCCAGUACAAAUCAAAUUCACUUUUUUAUUGCGGGAAUGCAAAACCAGUGGUUUAGCAGAGCAUUUCUAUUUUACUUUUUUUCAUUACUUACUUACGUUAAAUCACUGAAAAAUCAGGGAACAAGAAAUAUAACAGACAGUCAUAUUGUUUUGAGAUUAUCUGAACUCGCAGACCUUUAUAACGACGUUGAUAAUAUUCAUGACGAUGGAUUUACAGAAACGAAAACCUUGGUUUCAUUAAAUAUAAUAGUAAGUCGCUACAUGAAUAUGCGAAUUUUCCUAGAAACAAAUGGCGGCGAAAGAGAGCAAAAGAAACUCGUAACUAAAAUUCAUAAUUAUGGCUUGUUCAUAAUGAAUGCAUCAUUAUGCCAUUUCAAGCAGUUGAUAGCACAGGAUAAUGAUUUUAAAUCCAUAGUGCGUUUCAAUGAAGAUAAUUUGGACAUAGUUUAUGAUUCGAUACAAGAUUCGUUUCCAAGUCAGUUGUAUGUCACUCAGAAUUUCAGUUCGGUUCCAAAUUUAGAUAUUUUCGAUGAAAUCGAGCUUAAUGGAACGGUUGAAAACUUCAACAAAGAUAUCUACGACUUUUUGCUGAUAUAG